AGUAGAGUUAUCUCCCAUAGAUUUUUACGUCACACCCGAGAUUUGUGAACAGCAAAUAUGCGAAAUAUACUGAGGAUAACUUGACGUCACAAUGAGUCAUAUACCGCCUUCACAUCAACGGCUGAAGGCCAUUGAAGAACGGCUGCGAAAUCCGAAUUCGGAACUUAACAUAGACAGCUUAUUGGAUGGAGUUGUUGCGCUGGUGCGCGACCUUGACCAUCAGGCAAUCCGCAGCCGAAAUAAAAGUGUGGAACAGUUCCUUAAUAAAUAUAAACAAUCAUUUGAUAUGAUUACAAAGAAUCGAAUGCAACACAAUGAUUUUAAUGUCAUCAAAGUUAUCGGAAGAGGGGCGUUCGGAGAAGUACAGUUGGUACGUCACAAGAUCUCAAAAAAAGUUUAUGCCAUGAAGCUUCUCAGCAAGUAUGAAAUGAUAAAAAGAGCUGAUACAGCUUUUUUCUGGGAGGAGAGAGAGAUCAUGGCAAAUGCAAACAGUGAGUGGAUUGUACAGGUACAUACAUAUUGAUUUUUAU